CUCUUGUCGCCCGGCCCCUUGUCCCUGCCUGGCGUCGCCGCCGCCGCUGCCCACCUCCUCCCUUCUAUCUCCGCACAGAGCAGAGAACCUGCCUGGGAAAGCCACAGGCUUUUCGGCUUGCAGCUGCCGAGCCUGGAAAUGGCGGCGGGGACGACCUGAAGGGGGACCCAAAACAAGAGCGGAGCGCGCCGCGCCGCAGCUUCCCGUGCGCCCUGGUGCGCGUUGCGCGCCGGCUGCCUGCCUCGCUCUCCGCGCAAAGGGGGUCGCCAUGAGGCUCCUCCGGGCGCUGCUGAGGAGCGUCUCCCCGGCCACUAUCCCUCAGCAGGUGGACUUCUACUGCCGCUUCUCCCCGUCUCCCCUCUCCAUGAAGCAGUUCCUCGACUUCGGAUCGGACAAUGCAUGUGAGAAAACUUCGUUUAUGUUUCUGCGGCAGGAGUUGCCAGUAAGAUUGGCAAACAUAAUGAAAGAAAUAAGUCUGCUUCCAGACAACCUUCUCAAAACACCUUCCGUUCAGCUCGUCCAGAGUUGGUACGUCCAGAGCCUUCAGGAGAUCCUUGAUUUUAAAGACAAAAGUGCUGAAGAUGCAGAAGCUAUUUCUUGUUUUACAGAUACUGUGAUAACAAUCCGGAAUCGUCACAACGAUGUCAUUCCUACCAUGGCUCAGGGCGUGAUAGAGUACAAGGACCACUAUGGUGUUGAUCCAGUGACCAGUCAGAAUGUGCAGUAUUUUUUAGACCGCUUCUUCAUGAGCCGUAUUUCAAUCAGAAUGCUUCUUAAUCAGCACACUUUGUUGUUUGGAGGGAAAGUCAAGGUCAACCCUGCUCAUCCCAAACACAUUGGAAGCAUUGAUCCUAAGUGCAGUGUGGUUGAAGUCAUAAAAGACGGCUAUGAAAAUGCAAAGACACUUUGUGACCUGUAUUACAUGAAUUCUCCAGAACUUGUGCUCGAGGAGAGAAAUGUAAAAUCACCGGGGCAGCCCAUGCAGGUGGUGUAUGUGCCGUCACAUCUCUACUACAUGGUUUUUGAACUUUUCAAGAAUGCAAUGAGAGCUACAAUGGAACAUCAUGCGGAUCGAGACAUUUACCCUCCAAUUCAUGUCCACGUCACAUUAGGCAAUGAGGAUUUAACUGUGAAGAUGUGUGAUCGUGGCGGUGGUGUUCCUUUGAGGAAAAUAGAUCGGCUGUUUAACUACAUGUAUUCAACUGCACCCCGUCCCCGUGUUGAGACAUCGCGAGCAACACCUCUGGCUGGAUUUGGUUACGGCUUGCCUAUAUCCCGUCUCUAUGCUCAGUACUUCCAAGGAGAUCUGAAGCUCUAUUCACUGGAGGGUUAUGGUACAGAUGCGGUUAUCUUCAUAAAGGCUUUAUCAACAGAAUCUGUUGAAAGACUGCCGGUAUAUAACAAAUCAGCUUGGAGACAUUACACAGCGAAUCAUGAAGCAGAUGACUGGUGUGUUCCAAGUAGUGAGCCAAAAGACAUGACUACAUUCCGCAGUAUAUAGCAGUAUGGGACAAUAUGUGGUGUGCAGAAGAUAGCCUUAGUACACAGUUCAUGUUAGGACUGUGUAAGUCUGGUUUACUACAGUACAGCUCUAAUAUGGGGGAGCACACAUUUUCACUAAACAGGUGUCAGAAAACCAUGUAUUUUCUAGAGCAGCGGUCGUUUAAAAAAGUGAGUAUGCUAAAUUCAUUUCAAUCAUUCCAUCUUAAAUUGCUUCAGCAGGUAGAUCUGGUGUAUCAGAUUCUAGAUUUUAUAUAAAAAGGUCAGUGCACAGCUUGUUCAAGUAUUGUACAGUUUCACUUGCCAAGCAUUCUAAUAAGACUUCCAUUGAAAACUUAGCUGAAUUAAAGAACUGCAACGUUAUAAACCUUAUCUGGGAAUCAGUUGCACUAGCACAGCAUUACAAUGUGAGAAAUACUAGAUAAAAGAUGAUCAUGCUUUUCUUUCUUGGAAUCAAACAGUUUGAGCCUUCUAAUGUUAAGACACUAUAGUUCUUCUAACAAACCACAUGCAUUUAAUUUCAUACAUGAUCCAGCUUGAGUUUCAUUAAUAUUAAUUGGGAAGUUUAGCACAUAAUUAAAUAUCUCCCACUAAAAUCAGUGGCACUUGAUAACAUUUACAUUUGGCUAGCUUGUGCCUUGUGUUUUUACCCUCUGUAGGAAGUCUGAAUGAAAAUCUCAAAUCUGGUAGUGCAUAAAUACGUUAUUCAUUAUUAGGAUUUCCAAGAAUGAAUAUUUGCCUCUCUUCAGAAUAUUCAAGGCAUAAUGAAUUAGAUCCCGAAAAUGAUGAGUUGAAUUUCACUCAUGUAGUGAGACUUUCCUGCCACCCCCAGAGUUGGUUUUGAGGGUUGAAGGACUGUCUAGAAUGGCAUGUGAUGGGGUACAGGGGCUGUAGUGGGAUAGGAAAUUACGGAGAAUUCAGUGGGGCUGACUUGUGGGAGUGCCUUGCCACACGCACAGGGCAUCUCUGGAUCCAGCCCCUUUAUAUCAGCAGUUGCAAUUAAUGCAAAAAUGCUGAACAUGAUCAGGACAAAAUUGAAUUGCUGGAGAAGCUUAAGCAAGUCCUCAAUUCUUCUGUUAAAAUUACUGGUAUUUGAAAGUGCUUAAAACUGUUGAUGAAUUUUGCUUUUCAGUAAAUGAAAGUUGUUAAUAAAGCACAGCCUGCCUCCUAAUUUAAUGCCACUGAUACUUGCACUGAUUUUUGCAAAAAUGAAACAGGCCUCAGGUUGUUAAGGAAGUUUGGACAUUAUGCACAUAGUACUUUUGACAUCUAAUUGCUAUGGGUGUGUUUCUUUGCACUUUUAUAGUAUUUCUCUUGAAAUAUUUUGAUAUGUUCAGCUUCUUAAGAAUGAAAAGAAACUGGAGCAAUAACAACAUAUUAGUUCUUUUUUAAAAUGUGGUAUACUUUCUGUUCCGAGCUGAUGUUUCUUGCUGCUCUAGCCUAUUAAAUACUUCUAUACAUAUUUAA